AUGGUCUCCCAGCCUGAGACUUCCCUCGCAGCUCAGAGCGCCCUCUCCCUGCGCCCGGCACGCGACCAUCGGGACCGCAUCGCGACAUCGAGCACGCUCUCCAGAUCCAAGCGCUACAACAGAUCCCACGUCGGCGGCACGACGAGCAACACCUCCUACACACAACAGAACGAGUUUCCCAUUUUCUCGCACUCGGGCGACGUCGACAUCAACAUCCACACACCUUCAGGCGGCGAGGCGAGAUACCUGCUGCACAGACAUACCCUCACCCGAUGCAGCGGAUUUUUCGAAGCGAGCACGAGUGAGCAGUGGUCAAAGGCGAAGCUCCUGGCCGGCGGUAACGAAGUCGCGCGACUAGCAUCAGAUGGGAGCCUGCCGACACCAGCGGCAUCAGCGGUAGACGGAGACCUCGACAGCGAUCUACCGCGGAAGAGAUGGAGAUACGAACUUGACCCGGGCACGGGGGGCGGCGAUAUCCCCAUGCUCAUGCAAAAGGAUGAAUCGCGACCUGUGCCAUCGAAAUCAAUAUUCGGACCGGGCGACGGAUCGAGAGGACGACACAAGAGCUCACACUCGACAUCCUCGAGCCGCGACUUCUUCCGGUCGGUGUCGAAUCUGCAUCACCAGCAACAAGCACACCACAUCUCCAAGGCGGACCAGGACCUCCUGCGCGACUACGACAACCUGUUUCGCACCAUGUACAACUACCCUCCCGUGCUGGAUGGCGUGAACGUCGCGGAUGCCUACGUGCAGUGUAAGAGCCUCCUGAACCUGGCGGAUCAGUACGACGCGCUGGCGGUGGUCGGGCCGCGGGUGGACCACCACCUCUUGCAAUUCCAGUCGAGGCUCUGGAAACAGAUCGCCAAGUACCCGAUAUCCUAUCUACGGCUGGGGUACUUGGCGCGCAGCAAGAUCAUCUUCCAGGAAGCUCUGGUCCAUGUGGUGGGGCAGUGGCCCUCUGGCGAGCGCAGUUUGCGCGCCGCGCUGCCCGACAUCGUCCUGGACAUCAUCGAAGAUAAGGUCGAUGAGCUGGAGGAGAGCGUGAGUCGGGUCGAGGGGCGCCUCUUCAGGCUGAACCUGACGAACAGUCGGGGAGAGCGCGUGGGCCCCAACACGAACUACCUCGACUGGCUGGCCGUCAGCCUCUUCCGACAGUGGAUCGCGGACAACACCUCGCCUCAGCCAGCACCUCUGUCCUCGACGGAUCGACGCUCGCGCGACAUGCCAAGGCAAGCGCUGCCGCCGGCUGUUCCACCGCUGACAAGUCUCGGUCGGGCAUACCGCACCCUGGGUGCCCCCAACCCAGCCUCGUAUUUGGGACACGACGAGUGCAAGCGCUUCCUCAAGCUCACGCCCGACAUGUACUCGCGCGAGAACCUGCGGCGCUUCGAGAAGCGCAUGGACGAGCUCAAGGCCAUGGCGCGGGACAUUGUACGGCCCCUCAUGGGCAGCAGUCUGGAGCUGGAUCUCGGCGGAUCAGGCCGCGUGGUGGAAGGCAUAAGCUACCUGACCUGCACGGCGGUCGCGAAUCGGGAUCUUCCCUGGUGA